CAGAAUAAUUGCGAAUUCUCAAGAUCUAAUCUAAUCUUGCACCCAGCGGUCAAUCCUUAACUAAUAUGGGCACAUUGGAUCGCUUGGGUACCCGUUCCAUUUGUUUCGAGCCCACCCCCAAUCGCGGCCCCUGAGAAUGGGCAACAAAGCUUCAACAAUCGACUGAUGAUGAGCCGAGCGACGACAACUUCAAGUUAGAGAGCCAAGGGAGACGGUACUUUGCCAAUACCACCUCGGUACUUUUUUGCCUAGCUCAUUUUUUCUUCCUCUUCUUUUUAUUUUAAUACAUAUAUGAGCCGCCCGCCAGGUCGCGACGAGCUUGGCAUUUCGUAGUAACUAAUUAAUACUAUCAAGCUGAGCUUCACUUUCAAUUCUAUUCGCAUUUUCAUACCUUGCAAUUAAGCUACGUCCUUAUAGCGCAGUACUUGUACAUUCACAGUACCUCAACUACAACAAUAACCUACCUACCUAAUAUCCAGCCGGUCUGCCAUCACCACCACCAACCUCAAAAGUCAUGCCUGCCAUAGAUACCCAACUAAUCGCCCGCGAAUUCCCGCUGCUCGUCGCGCGCGGCAUGAGCCACAUGAGCGUCAUAGCAAAACGGGAAGUCGAUCACAAAGCGGUAGAGACAUUCUUAGUGGCAUUCACCUGCAUCUUCGGCAUCGGCGGCUGGAUAUUCUGGAUGGUUCGACAAAAGUAGAUGAUGGGCGAGGAUAAAAGGAAAGAAAGGCGUUUUAUUUUGCAGGGGGGGCAGGGCCCCCUUUUAUACGAAAUCCACGAAAUUCUCCAGUGUUAAAGACUUUCGGAGUUAAGAGACGGUUAUCUCAGACUUUCAACUCUUUCUGAUAGAUACCUACCUACUACUGAAGAUACAUAGUAUAUACCUAACUGUGUAUACAUCAAAUAAUCAAUAAUUGAAC